AACAGAUCUGGCGACCGAAGGUGUUUCUCUCUUAAAUGAUCUCGAAGUAGGCCGACAGUUGAGAGAGUCGAGAGCUGUGGCCCUGGAUGUCAUUAUGGCAGCAAUCGAGCGCAAUCCUUCUGUCUUCCAUGUCCUGAAGUCAAAAACAGCCAUUAUUACAGGCGGUGCAAAUGGCAUUGUUGCUGAAGUAGUCAGGCUUUUUCAUUCUCAUGGCGCAAAUGUCGUGAUUGCAGACCUUCUGAGUACCAAAACUGCGGCAGAGACACUAAUUUCAUCAUUGUCAUCAAGAGUCGUGUUCAUUCCGACGGAUAUUUUGACUUGGCAAAGCAUGGUUUCAUUGUUUAAUCAGACAGUGUCACUUUUUGGUAGUGUGGAGCUCGUGGUUGCCAAUGCUGGAAUGAUGGAAAGCAAGCCCUACUACGAGUUUGAGGAAGACGAGAAUGGAGACUUGAAAGAACCAAAAGAGUCAUAUAGAGUCAUAGAUGUGAACUUGAAAGGAACCAUGAAUACUCUACGGCUUGCGAUAUACUAUAUGCGAAAGAAUCAGCCAUCCUUCGCAGAUGGAUCGAAGGGCUCUGUUGUUCUAAUUAGUUCUACUUCUGGUUAUUUUGGAGGCACAGGUGUCGUGUCAUAUGUUUCAUCCAAGCACGGAGUGACGGGUCUCCUCCGAUCAUCGCAACGAAAUGCGAAUAGGCAUGGAGUACGGGUCAAUGGUGUAGCACCUUUCUUCACGCCAACGUAUAUUACGAGCAGCUAUUCUCAAUCGUGGAAAGAAUCUGGAUUACCAGCAAAUAGUGUGCAAGAUGUAGCCUGGGCCUUCGCACAGACAGCUACGGAUUUGAAAUACAAAGGCGCUUGUAUCUUGGUAAGAGCACCUGCGCUUUUGAUGAACACGAAGUUAAUGAUGAAGGCCUUCGGCUCAGUAAUGAAAGAGAUUGAAAUCCCGAGGACACAGUUGCUAUCCAUGUGGCUAGGAGAGGAUGUUAGUGAGUCGAGUGCGAGGGCGGGAGCCUUAUUCGAAAGUCUAGGAGGAUAUCCUCUACCAAAACCAAAGAUAUAAUGUUUCAUAUGGGAAUGAAAAGUUGUCUUUAAACUUACAAGGCGGUUGUGGACAUCA